AAACGGUGCUUGAGCAGUUUUUUUUCGGCGCUUCACUAUCAACAUCGCACUUCUGUUAUAAAAUGCAGAAGAAUAAUGGAGUGUAAAAAGAACGUAAAAGCCAAAGAAGUAAUAACAACGCUUUGUAAGUUUCUUUCCGCACUGGACGUUGAGUCAGUCCCAACUGCUGAAGUGUUCAGGAGAGCCAAAUUCAACAAGACAGAUGCGGCCCAAGAUUUGUGGUGUUUGCUCAUCAGUAUCCUUAAGAAGGUCUUCGAACCAGACUGCGCAUGCUCAGAACUAACCGGACGCUCUACUCCGGACACCCAGUUACACUUUGUGAAAAGCGCCCUCUGGCAUAGUGGUUAUGGGGGCUGGUGGGUAGUCCGCCCACAAGCCUGUGAAAGCAGAGAGAAGAUUGGCAGCAGAGACCUGCUGCUAGCCUUCAGCUGGCUUAUUGCAUCAGGAAACCUGUUCGAGGCUCUGAUACGGGAGAGACUCCUGCAGUUAGAUGUCCUCUCAUCUGCAGGGGGUCCACCUGAAAAACUGGAGCUGGACUUAAAUGUAUGUGAAGAAAAAGAUGUCAGGAGGUUGCAGUGGCAGUAUGGGAAACUGAAGCUGCGGUGGCGGAGUCUUUUUACAGCUCAGCAAGAGCAAGCCAAGCUCUUUGACAAGGUCUGCUCUCAGACAAGCUCAUCACCCGCCUGUUACUCCAGCACUGCCUAUGUGCCUAAUCUAACUGGAUCGACUGCACUUGAAAAGGAUCUAGAGCGCAUACAGUCUCUGAAUGGAAUACUUGAAGCAUAUUUAGAAUGGAAGACUGUGGAGCCACUGUUCUGGUGCUGGAUGGACAGUGUGAUUGAUGGCUGCCUCUCAGACCGGCCUGUAGAUGUGCAGCUAAGUGACCAGGUUGUCACUCAGAGCUGUUCCUAUGGUGAAAAGGCUAGGAGAUCUGUGACUCGUCUGGACAAGAUGCUGCUGAAGCUACAGACUAAGCACCAGGACAGACUGGACAGAUGCACAGACACAACCCGACUUAGCCACAGGCAGAAAGAAGAGGUGGAGAGGAGAGUGGCUGCCCGCUUGCAAGACUUUUCUCUAGUCAACACUCUGACAGCCACAGACAGAGGCUUUACACCAUACUUCCAUGAGCCACAGGCCUCCAGGUCAACAAGCAAACCCCAGAGAGGUGAUUCAGGCCCAGCCCAGAUUUCAGGAGUGCUCCAGGCUUCAUCCGUUUUAAAGGAGCUGAGGCAGAGAAAGACCAUGCUGGAGUGGGAGAUGGAGCUGCUAAGACAGAGCAAGCGAGAGGAAAUGCAGUCAAAGGCUAAUGCACUGGAGGGAGUGGUGUUUAUUCUGCCUCUCAAGAGAUGACACACAAAUCCUACGAAAGACUUCAGUCUGCAGUGUAUGCAGGCGGUGGGCUCAGAAAACCCAACGGAUGUCACAAAUUUUGGUUUUGAUUAAAAUUUAAAUAACUUUUUCGGCAAUAAAAUGUCUAAAGAAAACGUCUAUGUUUUAUCAAAUGAUGUGGAAUUGUUUUCAAAAAUUUUCAUGUGGAACUAUUUUGUUAUCUGAAAAAGAUCUGCUACGAUUAAGCCAUAGCCUAGGGGUGAAAUGACCCCAUAUGGCAAAAAAGGGGGUUCUGGUUGUCAAGUAUUGUCGAUCUUAUAAUGUUGAAGCAUUCAGUGCAGUGUGUUACUGCCAGUGUGAUUGCAGAGGCAUAAUUUUUUAUUGCAUUUUCAAAGAGCACUCACCCAGCUAACUAAUGUUAAUAAAAUGUCAACAAAAAAACGAGUGCUUACUUUAUUAAAUGCUUAAUAAAUAAGCUUAAUAAACUGAACCUAAAUAA